AUGGAAGCUCUAAGUAAUAGCUUCGAAAACGCCGUUAAGAGCAUGUCCGAUGCCGUGACUGGUAGUAUGAAAGAACUUCACUCCGCUAUGUCAACACUGGCCACCAGUGUUACUGAUUGUCAAAAGCAGGUAACUAAACUUACUGAAUCUCCCAUGCUUGAGACAGUGACUAGGGCCCUUUGGUCAGUGGAGCAGGAAAGGAAAGAUGAAGAACGUCGGUCUAAAAAUGUUAUCAUUUCCGGUCUCGAGUUGCAGCCAGGAUGUAACGACAAAGAUAUGGUUUUAUCGUUAUGCGAGAACCACCUCACGGUCAAGCCAACAAUUGCUAGAACUCGCCGUAUCGGAAACCACAGGUUAUGUGUCACGCUAGACAAUUCAUCGGCAGCUGAGGACCUGAUUGCCUCAUCAAGGAUCCUCCGCUCUUCUUCAACAACAAAAGGUAUCUUCAUCAACCCUGACUUUCCAAAAGGCAGGCCGAACAAGCCUUCUUGA